AGGACAAGUGAGCUCUGGGAAUAUGGCAGCGGCGGCGGGAGGAACGGUCGUGGCCGCUGCCCCGGUGUGUGUACUAGUGCUGGGUAUGGCCGGCUCCGGAAAAACCACCUUCGUGCAGCGCCUGGCCGCCCACCUGCACGGGCAGCGCUGCCCCCCGUACGUGAUCAACCUGGACCCUGCCGUGCACAGCCUGCCCUUCCCCGCCAACAUCGAUAUCAGGGACACUGUGAAGUACAAAGAAGUCAUGAAACAAUAUGGGCUGGGCCCAAACGGCGGAAUAGUGACCUCUCUCAAUCUCUUUGCUACAAGAUUUGACCAGGUGAUGAAGUUCAUUGAAAAAAGACAAAAUGCAUCCAAGUAUGUUAUUAUUGACACACCAGGGCAAAUUGAGGUAUUUACUUGGUCAGCAUCAGGAACCAUCAUAACUGAGGCCUUGGCCUCCUCUUUCCCUUCGGUUGUUGUCUAUGUGAUGGACACCUCUCGCAGUACUAACCCUAUCACUUUUAUGUCCAACAUGCUCUAUGCCUGCAGUAUCCUGUACAAGACAAAGCUACCUUUCAUUGUAGUUAUGAACAAAACUGACAUAAUCGACCACAGUUUCGCAGUGGAAUGGAUGCAGGACUUUGAGACUUUUCAGGAUGCCCUGAAUCAAGAGACCUCCUAUGUCAGUAACCUGACUCGUUCCAUGAGUUUAGUGUUGGAUGAAUUUUACAGUUCACUGAAGGUGGUUGGUGUUUCUGCAGUGCUCGGCACAGGACUGGAUGAGUUUUUUAUCCAGCUUUCUAAAGCUGUAGAUGAAUAUGAGAGAGAGUAUCGUCCAGAAUAUGAACGCCUGAGAAAAACACUAGAGGAAGCUCAAGAGAAACAGAAGAGAGAGCAGCUGGAACACUUGUGGAAGGACAUGGGCAGUGUGUGUGUGCAGGGCAGCACACUGGCAGGACUUGAUGAUGCUUCUGCAAUGGGUCCCUCUGAGCUAAUCCUUACACGAGGAACUCUCAAUGAAGAGGAAGAGAGAGAGAGUGAUACUGAUGACAUUGACCAUGAAGUGACUGAGGAGAGUCAUGAAGAACCAGCCUUCAGAAACUUCAUGCAAGAUGUGCGGAUGAAAUGCCAGAGAAAAAGCAACCUGAAUGAAUGAGACCUUCACAAACAGAACGUUUGGAAGGAACAGCAUAAAGAAACUUGCAAGAAACCAUGUGUGAAGACUUUUAUUUGGGAACUGCUUCCUCUGAUAGAUUUUUAUUUCUCUUCCUGAGAAACUGUCAGUCAUAUGAGUUAAAGAUCUUGGAGCCAACUGGCUGCACAGUUCACCAUCUGCUGCUGUGGCUUCCUGAAGCUGAGGGAAUCAGAUAGCAGUUUCUUUUCCUCCAGAUUCUUCAGAUCUAUCUGUUGAGUGCUUAGAGUUUGAGCAGUGUUAGUAUCUGCAGCACUAACUGGUUCCCAGAAACAUGUUUGUUUGCGUGUGCAGCCAGGGCACAAGUGAUGUUGUACUGAACUUUAUCAAUCUACUUUGAUGGUUUGGUUUGUAUUAAAUAUAUUUUAUGUACUAACAAAUGUGUGAUAAUAAUGGAAGGAAAUUUCAUUUUAAGCACUAUUCUAAAGUGAGAAUUUUCCCUGUACUUGCAACCCAUCUGUAUGGAUGUGCAGCAAAUGCAUCUUAAUUACAUUGUACAGACAUGGUACAGAUGCCUUCCAGGAAAAUGCUGAGCAAAGAAAGUUCCCAAGAGGGAAAGUAAUAAAAAGUCUCUAGCUUGAUUUGGCUGAGAACAGAAAUGCACAUGGUUAUAUACUGGCUGCAUAUAUCCCUAGGUUACUUAAAGCAGAAGCAUUUCCAUAGAUGAGUGUUUACCUGGAAUACAGACAAGCACUUAGAGACUGGCUAAUACUUAUUUUCGUGGUAGGCACCACAGACACAGAUGUUCACUUGCAGUUUAGCAGUCUGGACCCUGAACCUUUGGGUUUUUCUCCUCCACAGAAAGGGGUGGCCUCACUGGGUAGGUCUUCCAAGUGGAAGUUUGGCACAGGUUAGCUAGCGCCAAUCCCAAAUUGUUAGUGUGGAAUACUACUCUGCUUUAAUUUAUAAAUCACUAGUUCUCUUAGUGGAUAAACCCUUCAACUUUACUUCAAUUUCACCGAGUUCCAAACUGUGGCCACCAAGAUUUUACAGCACUAUGUCUGUGGUGGAGUUCUGUGUAUGGUUAUAUGGGAAUGUUCACAAGGAGCCAUGCUGACCUAAGCUGUGACUGUAGACCUCGUCCCAACACCUCCAGCUGUGCUCAAUGAGUCCUGACAGUCCCCAUGCUGACCCUUAAGUUUCUCUGCCUGCUGCCUGGGGGAGGAUCCCUAAGGUGCCACAAAGAGAGGAGCUUCUUAUGGGCACAGUGUCCUGGGAUUCAGGAGAAAAGAAGGGGUUUUCAGUCUUGAGCACCUCACACUCCAUCAGAAUUUAUAGCAGACAGCUUCAACCUCAGGAGGACAGUGAGUCACAUUUUAUAGAUCCUAGUCUCACCUCAGCCUUGCUGAGGGACAGUCGGACAGGGAGAGGGAAGGAAACAGGUCUGGACAGACAGCCUGCGACCAGAAAAUCAUCCUAACCUUUAUAGCACUAAAUAGAGUGGUAAGAACUUCCCAAAAUACUCAUUUCCCUGCAGACUGAGGACGCAGAGUGGCACUAAAUUGAAGCACAAGCUGGACAUGCCAUAAACAGAUUAUGUAAAUAUAAGAAGUAAGAGCUACUCAGACAAUUCCAUUAAAACAUUCCAAAAUCUGGCUCCUGGGAUAUGAUCAUCUCUGGGUUUUUUAGUAAUGUCAAUUUUAAAUUUUCUUCCCUUUUUUGUAUUUCCCUUGGAUUCUUUUAACUAUUGUUUCAAUUUGUCAUUUUGGUAUCAUACAGACAAUUUUACAAUACCAAUUAAAUUUCUUUAUUUCAUUUCUCAAA